CCCUGGAAUCCUCCUCAGCGCCACAGUCCCAUAAUCAGCACCGCACAGACAGACCGCGCGGGGCUGCGCACGCGCUGGACACCGAUAAGGAAAACUGCAUCACCGGGAGUUAUAUUUAUCAUAACAUUAAUGUCGAUUUUAUUACAGACAAUGCGAAGACGAAGGCACCCUCGUGCACACGUGGAGCAUCUUGGACUGGAAAGACCUUUUAAUAUAUAACUUUUUAAAGGCAACUUUAUCAACAGUGAUGUGGAGUUUAUAGUUGGAGAGAAUUUUGUAAACAAAAGGAUCGCACGCGCACUGUACUUUAUUAUUAUAAGAAAAAAUAUAUAAAUAUAAAUAAAGCCUUGUUUGGCUUGUCAUUCAAUUUAGGUUGUCUUACAAGACAUAACUGAACAGGUAUUUUAGAUGACCGUUAUUAGAUAGGCCUAAUAUCACAAUACCAGUCGCCUUUAUUGGACUGGACCAUGUAAAUAAAUUCCGCCAGCUGAGGAAUCCAGGACUUUUGUGUUUGGCUUGGGAAAAAAAGACUCUUCACUUUAAUCCGCAAACUGCUUACAAAGGACUUCAAAUGGGCCACUUGCUCCUCAGAAAAGAGACUCAUUCUGCCGUGGAGGGCAAUUUGAAUGUUUGCGCACUGAGAGGAAUGUCGAGCCUGCAGAGCCGCUGAGAGACUCAAAGUGCAGUUUAAUUAAGCCGAUAUUUGCUCGCGUUAAGUGGAGCCCCGGUGUUGAGCGUCUCGUGCGCGUCUCUCUCUCUAAAUGCGCGCUGUCCCGCGGAGCCCCGCAGCGGCACGGCAGCAAGAUGAGGUCGCGGAUCCCGCUUCUUCUCGCGGUACUUGCGGCGGCGUGUCUGCGGUUUUGCAGUGCGGAGGCUGAUCCUCUGCCGGCCGCUGUGGUUGAGUUGGUGAAGGCUGGAUCUGUGUCUUCAAUUCAGGACCUGCAGUUUCUGCUCUUCCCUGAAUCCAUAGAGGUCGAGCCUGACAGCCAUCAUGACAAUGACUCCAGCAACCGUCUGCCGCGCAGUCUUCUAGACGCUCAGCCUGCUCAACAAGCCAUCUGUAAGGUCAGGACUGAGGUCAUAGAGGUCACGCGCUCCAUGCUGGACCGCAGCAAUGCAGAUUUCCUGUUGUGGCCUCCGUGUGUGGAGGUGCAGCGCUGCUCAGGCUGUUGUAACACCAAGAGCCUGCAGUGUGUUCCUGUACUCACACACACACGAUACCUACAGGUGAUGAAGAUACAGUAUGUGAAAAAGCGUCCGCUUUACGAUAAGGCUGUGGUCUCUGUCCUGGAUCAUGUAGAGUGUCGUUGUCAGCCUGCUCCUCGACCUGCACAUCGGCGGAAGUCAUCUGGCCAGAAACAAGACGCACGCGACCGUUCAGAGAAAAGUCGACCCAAAGACGAUCUCCAUCGCAGGGAUGAACUCAAACACAAUCAGAGGCUAAACCUGGAGGACCUGCUCAGCCACAGCUGGCUGCCCCAAGACAGGUUCUCCGAAUCACCAGACAAUGUUCAUUUUGGCCGCGAUGCCUGGACGCGAAACGAAACGCAAUAUGGAGGUAAAAGCCAUCAUCGUCACCCUGUGGAUGUAAGAAAACACAGUUUCAUGAAUGACACAUCAACACAGGGAACGAUGACUCCUCUUCCCAAUCAUACUGAACAAGAAGAAACAGAUUCUCUAUUGCGCAACAUUACACAGAUUGAAUCACAAAAUAACACUAACCACAAUAUAAUAAAUCAGACUUCAGAAUUUAACAAUGGUGCGUCAGAAUCGACCAAUCAGACUUUUAAGCACCAGUCAAACCUAACGCAACAAAAUGAAAAGUUGCGAAUGAUGAAUCGGACAGACUCCAAUGCCACAGAAACAGCCAAUCAGAAUCGAGGAGAUGUGUUUGUGCCUGUUGAGGAGAGUGGUCAUAAGCUGAGAGGUGAGACUACAGAUGUGGAGAAGGUCAAGGUGGAUGAGGCGGAAGAGCUUCUGCUUUUGCACAAACUCCUAGAUGAAGAGAAACACAAACAUCAUUUCAAAGUGCAACAGACCAAUAUACAGCCAGACGAAAAACUACAGCAGCUCCAUCACAAACAACAACACACUUAUACAACCACACAACGAACAGGAACAACAUCUCCUCCUCUGCAUCAUCAGCCUCCACACAAACCACCCAGACCUCCUCCUCAGCCCCCAAAAAGGAGGAGAAAACAGCGCAAUCGCAUCAGCAAAUCUGCCAUGAGAGCUCUGCUAAUGUAACACAAACAUAAAGAUAGAUGUUCAGAUGGAUCAAUCUCACAGACAUAUCUUAUUUAUGUAAUCAGUGUGUCCAGGGACAAUAAGAGUUAUGGCACUAAUCACUUUUCACAAAACACCAGCAGCCAAGCCAUUCUCGCUUCUCACACCCUGCUGAUCCACUUCCACUUAAAGUCAUGAGGGAAAAGAUGGAGGAUUGUUAGAGGAUUCUUCUAGCUUCAAGAAGAAAAUGGGGAAUCAUGUAAAGCAGGAAGUUCAAAACAAGAGAAGAAUGAAUCACCUUUUAACACUGGACAGAGGAACUGAGUGUAAGAUUGUGGGAUUAUUAUGCAGUGACAGCCAAUGCAGAACAGAGAUUGUAAAAAGGUGGGAGUGAACGAUCUGAAAAGACUACAUUUAGCAUAAUCAUUUACAUUAAGAGACAAACCUUUCUCUUUGAAUCCCUCUAAAAAGUGGUUGCCAUUUUCAUUUUUAACUGGUAAAUGAAUAUUUCCACCCUGAUCAAGUAUUAUGAAAAUGAAAUCUGCUCAAAUGAUCUGCUCUUUUCUAAAUCAGAGACGGAAUAAGUAUGGACAGCUUUGUACUAUAAUAUAUUUCCAGUCAAAAACACAAACUACCUUCAAUUUAAGUUGUUUGCAGUAUCAUUUGCUAUUUUUGAUGCAAUUCUUAACACUGGAAGUUCAUGCAGGAUAAAGCAAGGAAAUGCGUUUUUGUCUCAAUUAAUUCCUUAUACCUCUAAGAGUGUAAAGGUGCUACUUUAUAACACAAAGCAGUAAAGGUUUUAUUCGUUAAUAUUAUUUAUUCUUUUGUAAAUCUAUUCUGUUCACAGCAAGCCGGCAUUUCAUCACAGUCUUACAAAGCUCUCACCACGAAGACCAAAAUGUGGAUUUUUUUAUGUUCAUGUACAGAUGAUCUGUUUUGGAUCUUUACUAAACAUUGCAGAUUGUGCAGAAUUUGCACUCUUUUUAUACAUAGAAUAAAAUUGAAACACUAACCAUUAA